AUUCACUCCUUGGCAACCUCCGUGGACUAUCUAUGCGUGAUGCAGGGACUCCUUGAUGAGACUUAACGACUUCAUUUAAAUAGUGCCAACUCCGGGUACCACUUCAGAUUACCGCUAACUGGAAGUAUUGUUAAAAAUAGAACAACACGCCGUCAGGCCAACAGUAAGCCAUAGUGAGUCGUCAUCGCUGCACGACACAAUGGCGACCGCAGUCAUUAUCGCCCUUCUGGCUAUUACCCACUCGGGAAUUGCACACUUCACAAAAUUUCCUGAAGGAUUUACAUUUGGAGUAGCUACAGCGUCCCAUCAGAUUGAGGGUGCAUGGAAUGUCAGUGGAAAGUCGGAAAAUGUUUGGGAUCGCUUGACACACUCCCGGCCCUGGAUGGUUGCUGAUGAAACAAAUGGCGACAUUGCAUGUGACUCUUACAACAAGUAUCAAGAGGACGUGAACCAUCUCGCUUACCUUGGCGUGGACUUUUACAGAUUCUCUCUUUCCUGGGCAAGAAUUCUGCCAACUGGUCGUGUUGAUCACAUUAAUCCCGAUGGGAUCCGUUACUACAACGCACUCCUCGAUGCUUUGGCAGAGAAAAACAUUGAGCCGCUGGUAACUUUAUUCCACUGGGAUUUGCCGCAAUCACUUCAAGACCUGGGAGGAUGGGCUAACCCUAAAAUGAUAGAUUACUUCCGUGAUUACGCCGACGUAUGCUUCAGAGAGUUUGGUGAUAGGAUCAAAUCCUGGAUCACAAUCAAUGAGCCUUAUGAAAUUUGUGAAGACGCCUACGGAGACGAUAAAAAGGCACCCGCAAUAGACAGCCACGGUGUUGGAAACUAUUUAUGCAGUGAUAAUCUUCUCAAGGCUCACGCUGAGGUGUACCAUUUGUAUAAUGAUAGCUACAGGCCGCAUCAAAAUGGAAGGAUAAUGAUCUCAAUCAACUCUAUAUGGUACGAGCCCAGCGACCCAGAAGACGCAGAACAAGUUGCCCUUGCGGAAGUGGCUAACCAAUUUAAAUUUGGAUGGUUUGCGCAUCCUAUUUUUACCGAAAAAGGCGGUUAUCCAGAGGUGAUGGUUGAAAAUGUGGCUCAGCAAAGCCAAGCCGAAGGUCUACCUAAGCCUCGUCUAGAACAAUUCGAUGACUAUUGGCUGGAAAGAAUCAAAGGCACUUCUGAUUUUCUUGGAAUCAAUCAUUACACCACUCAUUUGGUAACUGGACCUGGUGUAGACCCAAUAGCAAAAUCUCCUUCCUGGCUUAAGGACAUCGGCGCGGUUACUACAAUGAACGUCGGUGGUGAUUCGGCUUCAGAAUGGCUUAGAGUUGUACCUACCGGAUUUGCUAACUUACUGCGUUGGUGUAAGAGCUCUUACAACGAUGCACCCAUUUAUAUAACCGAAAAUGGUUUUUCUGAUCGUGGUACUUUAGACGACUAUGGACGUAUUCAAUAUUUGAAUGAUUACCUUUCAGCACUUCUGCAUGUAAUUUACGAAGACGAUGUCAAAGUUCUUGGUUAUACUUUAUGGACUCUUAUGGAUAAUUUUGAAUGGCGUGCUGGGUUCUCGGAACGUUUCGGUCUCUACUACGUGGACAUAACUGACCCGGAACGACCACGAACACCGAAACUCUCCGCGGAAUACUAUAAGCAGCUCAUUGCCACCCGUGAACUUCCAGAAGAUGACCGCUUUAAAGCUCCUGCUCUGAACAACAAAUCGGACGAACUUUAAGGAAUAUUGGUGACGUGAUAAAAAACGAUAAUAGAUAUUAAAACAAAUAUUUAUUUAGUUCAUAUAAGAAUAUCAAAUUAUUUACAAUGAAAUUAUUGCAAAUUAGUUAUAAUGAUAAUUAUAAUUUCAUUGCUAUAACAUUGAUACACAUGUUAUAUAUACACUACAGAGAAAACUUGCAUGUGUCAGACUGAAAAGAUAUGUUUGUAAAAUACUAUAGGCUAUACUUAAGAAAUAAACCAUAUUAUAGUUCACACUUAAAAUAUUGUUCAGAAUAUUAUUCGGGUGUGAGUCCCAGAGGCCUGUCCUACAGACGGCGCCGGCGACGCGCAGACGGCUAGCAAACAUGGAAUGUUUCUCAUUAUGUCAUCGCAACAAAAACAUAGUACGUAUUCAAGUUAACGCGAUAAAUCGACU